ACUCUGCUGUGAGUGGAAGCUCCGGCGCUGUGACCCCGGCCGUGUCGCUGCCGCCUCGCUGCGGUAUUUGCAUUUCAAAUCGCUCUACUUUGCUCGAGGGGGUUGGUUUCUCCGCCGUUUUCCUCAUCAACCGCAGAAGGUUGCUGGCUGAAGGCGAACCGAAGACUCCCCGUCCCCCCAGGUCGUAUAUAUUAACAAGCGCGCUGCGCGGAGAAAGAAUUCCAGCUAUGUGACGCUGGGAAAGAAGGCCUCGGGUCCUGGAACGAGAAAAUGUGAUUUAUUUUUGGUUCACUUCAAAAGGAUCUUCUUCUUCGAUUUUUAUUCCCGCUGGUUUUAUCUGAUGUAUUCCCUCAACUCCAAGACGUUCGGUUUGCUGUCACAGGGGUCAAGAAGCCAGAACAGAUUUGUAUUUAAGAAGCUGGGACUGGAUGAUUCACUCUAUUUCUGGACUGGACCGCAAAGCGAUUAGUUGCUGAUUAAUUGAAUAGUUUAGAGUCCUAAUCGAUUAAUCGACGCAGCUCUAGUUGACCCUGAGAGCAGUUCAAUCUGCACUCAUUCCCUCACUUUGUCCUCCUCUGGCACGACUGGAGAAGGGUCCCUGUGGCCCAAACGGCCACUCUUUAUAAAUGAGCUUUUAGAUGGACGAAUCAAAGCCUGCGACGCGGAGCGAUCUCUGAGCUGGACCCACUGGAGAGGCUGAGGGGGGGGGGGGGGGGGGCGCACCUCAAGUGGAGUGUUUGCUCCGGUAGCACAGGGGGCCGUUCUCUGCUUGUCUUCAGAGGUUUUAAUAAUUAAGCUCAGGUGGUGCAGCUGUUCCACCUGGCCGGGCCCCGAGUUGUUAUUGUGCUGCUUGUUUUUUCAAACCGACUCCUAGUAACAACCCCCCCCCCCUUCCGGGAUCCGGCGUGUUCGUCCCCUCGGGUGGAGGAGUUCUCCGUGAAGCCGGGUCCUGACCCGCCAGUCAAACUUCAGAAAGGAGGAGGUCGCAGCUUUUGGGCCCCGUGCAGUAAACCCGGGCACCUUAUUUUCUUUCUUUAUUUAUUAUUUACUUCUGGUGCCAGCAGACCCAGAGUGCAGCAAACACACCCGUCAAUUAUUAACGGCCCGGCGCUCUCAUUCCCCCCCCCCCUCCCCCCGACGUAACCAUGGCAGCAGCAGACUGAAACUCAAGAGACCCGGUGGCUCGUAGGGAAAAGACUGCGGGUCUAAAACCGAGGGAAACUGGCGCCGCUCUGACCGCGGGGGCCAGUGGACCCGUUGGGCUCCGUCACAGAGGGAAGAACCCAGGAUCUGCCUCGGUGGCACCGGAGGAAUGUGGCUUCCCCCCCCCAUUUUCUAGAUAUCUAAGCUGAACACUUUCUUUCGGUGGAUUUUGGGGUUUUUUUUGUCUACGUGAGGAACAGAUAAAAACGUCCGAGGCCUGUCGCUGUUUGUGGGGUUUUUUUUCCGGCAGCAGAAGAAGAAAAAGAAGAAGAAAUCCACAGCGUCAUGAACCUGAAGCAGCGGAUGAAAUUGUUGAAGCACUUUGGCUCUCUGCCUCCACCUGCUACUCCACCACCUCUGCUGGUGGUGCCUAAGCCAGGUAUGGAGGAGCUAACGAUAUGGGAGCAACACACGAUAACUCUGAACAAAGAUCCCAAAGUGGGGUUCGGCUUUGCCAUUUCAGGGGGCAAGGACAAGCCUCACCCGGACAACGGGGACACGGCCGUGGUGGUGUCGGACGUGCUGCCCAACGGACCGGCCAUCGGCCGCCUGUUCUACAAGGACCAGAUCGUCAUGGUGAACGGCGAGUCCAUGGAGAACGUCUACUCCACCUACACCAUCCAGACCCUCAAGUCCUGCGGCAAGACGGUGAACGUGACGGUGAAGCGCCCCCGCAAGAUCCAGAUCCCGGCGACCACCAGGCCGACCCGCGCCGCCUCGCACUCCAACCUGCUGGACGCGGAGCCGCCCCGGGCCGCGCGGCGCUACUCUGACGGCAGCGACCACCGGGACGGCCGGCGGUACCGCGCCCGCAGCGCCUCGCCGGACCGCAACGGGUUCGGGAACGGCAACGCGAGCGCGCUGGCGCCGCUGAUGACGACGGCGUACAAGAGGCUGCCGCGGCAGGACGCGCCGGAGAAGGCCAUCAAGACCACGCUGCUCAAGAAGAAGGUCACCGAUGAGUACGGUCUGAAGCUGGGCAGCCAGAUCUUCAUCAAGCACAUGACGGAGACGGGCCUCGCCGCGAAGGAGGGGACGCUGCACGAGGGAGACCUCAUCCUCAAGAUCAACGGCAUGACGACGGAGAAUCUGUCGCUGCUGGAGACCAAGCACCUGGUGGAGAAGAGCCGGGGGAAGCUGACCAUGACGGUGCUCAGGGACGACCGCAGGUUCCUGGUCAGCAUCCCGGAGGUGGAGGACAGCGGCCCCGAGAGCGAGGACGACGACGACCGCCGGCGAGGCAGCAGCUCCGAACUGGAGGACAUCUCUGACCUGGACGAAGACUCUCCGACCCGCAGGACGUCCCGUCAGCCCACCAGAGAGAAACGCACACGCAGAACGAGAGCUGAACCUCCUCCGUCCAAGUCUCGGGAUUCCUCCCCCAUGCGCUCCACUUUGACUCGGACCUACGCCCCUCGCCGAGCUCCGUCCGAGUCUGACCACAGCGAGUCUCCUCCUCCUCCCGUCAGGAGGACCAGUCCGGACACGAAGGACAAGUACAAGUCUCUGUCGGGCAUGUCCAUCCUGCCCAACCCUCGCUUCGCCGCCCAGGUCUCCACGCAGCCCAGCUCCCGCGCCGCCUCCUCCUCCUCCGCCGCCGCCGGCUCGCGCCCUCGCAGGCCGGUGUCCGACUCGGACUCGGACGGCAGCGCGUCCCCGACGCCGCGCAGGAAGAGCCCCCGCCCCGACAGCCGAUACAAAGUCCUUCCUGAUCUGGCCUACGGAGGAGGACUCAGAGCCUCCCCCAUCGAUGUUCGCCACGAGCCCCCGAGGAGAGUCAACUCCCCCCUCAGAGUCCUGCCCCCAGACUCUGACUCCGAGUCGGAGGAGAGUUUUCCGCCUCCUCAGAGGCAAAGCACCACGUACAGUCAGGACUCCCUCAGCAGAUACAGAGUCCUGCCAGAUGUUGCCCUGCAGCCACAGCUGGAUCCGCUGCGAUGGAAAUCCCCCAGCGUCACUGCCAGCAAGCCGCCACAGAAAGCAGCUGCUUCAGAUCCGGACUCGGAGGCCAGCUAUGAAUCCGUCCCUCGCAGGGAGUCCCCCGACAGCGCCAGGCCCAAAGCGCCUCCCAGCAGACGCCGAGUCCUGCCGGAGAUCGAAUCCCCCUCGGUCGCCAUGAAGCAGGAGCCUCCUCGCCGCGUCCCGUCGCCCGCCAGACCUCCUCCGGAUGAGUCCUCAGAGUCGGACCAGCUGUCGCAUCUCCGGAGGUCCGGCAGCUCCGAGCGGGACGACGACAACAGCCGCCGCCGCAGAGGUCCCUCCGCCGCCAACAGAACGGACACCCAGAAGUCGGGCGUUUCGGUGAAGAGCAACCCGCCGGCGUACUCGACGCUGGGGGAGGAGCCCAUCUACUCCCUGCCGCCGGACUCUUACCCGUCCAAGAACCCAGGGUACAGCUCGGACCUUCACACCGUGUCGUUUCUGAAGGAGGGCAGCGUGGGUCUCAGGCUGGUGGGGGGCAACGACGUCGGCAUAUUCGUGGGCGGAGUUCAGCCCAACAGCCCGGCGUACGAGGAGGGGAUGAAGGAGGGGGACCAGAUCAUGCAGGUAAAUGGAGUCGAUUUUGGCCAUUUCACACGAGAGGAGGCGGCCAACUUCCUGCUGAACAUCAAGCGAGGAGAGCGCGUGGACAUCUGCACUCAGAACAAGAUGGACAUUUAUAAGAAGAUCAUCAAGUCCAACCUGGCCGACAACUUCUACAUCCGCACCCACUUCGACCACGAGGCCGACGGCCCUGUCGGGCUGAGCUUCACCCGGGGGGAGGUGUUCAGGGUGGUGGACACCAUGCACCGCGGGAAGAUGGGCAACUGGCUGGCCAGCCGCAUGGGCAACGACCUGCACGAGAUGGACAAAGGCACCAUCCCCAACCAGGCCAGGGCGGAGACGCUGGCCAGCAUCGAGCAGGCGCAGCGGGCCGGCGGCGGCGGCGGCGAGCGGCAGGUGUCGGGCCCGCGGGCCGAGUUCUGGAAGCUGCGGGGGCUCCGGGGGAACAAGAAGAACGAGAAGAACGUCCGGCGGAGUCGCGAAGACCUGAUGCAGAUCACCAUCCAGGGCAAGUUCCCGGCCUACGAGAGGGUCCUGCUCAGAGAAGCCAAUUUCAAACGUCCCAUCGUCAUUCUGGGUCCUCUUAACGACGUUGCCAUGGCGAAGCUGGCCAGAGAGAUGCCCGAUAAUUACGAAGUGGCAGACAUGGUGCCUCGCAGUGGAGGAGGAGGAGGAGGAGACGACGGCUCCACGGUCAUUAAACUGGACACUGUGAGGAUAAUCGCGGAGAAGGACAAGCACCCUCUCCUGGACAUCACUCCCACUGCCGUGGAAAGGCUGAACUACAUCCAGUACCACCCGAUGGUUCUGUUCCUGGACCCCCACAGCCGCAAGGACGUCAAGGCCAUGAGGCAGAAGUACAACCCCGACUCCAGCAAGAGCUCCAGGCGCCUCUACACGCAGGCCCUGAAGCUGAGGAAGCACUGCAGCCACCUCUUCUCAGCGCGCAUCGACCUGCAGCCCGGCUCCGACGCCUGGUACCAGAGUCUCAAGGAUAAGAUCCGCCACCAACAGUCCAAACCGGUCUGGGUGUCCGAAGUGAAGUUGGAGAGCGGUGGAGAGCAGGACCUGGACGCUCUGGACCAAACCAAGUCGGACUACCUCAGCGCCGCCAGCGACCUGGAGGACACGGACGGAGAGGUCUACACAGACAACGAGGAGCUGGAGGAGGCCGCCCAGCUCCCCCGGGGCUCCCGCGUGGCCGGGUCCGCCCUGGCCCGCUCGUCCGAGCCCGCCGAGGACGCCGACUCCGACGACGAGUCCGGCGGCGACUCGCGGCCGCUCAGAGGAAUCCCGCCGCUGCUGCUCGUGCCCGAGCCCCGGUCGCCGCGGCAGCAGAGCUACAGCCCGUCCCACAGCGCCGCCGAGGAGGAGGAGGAGGAGGAGGAGGAAGAAGAGGACUUCACGCAUCGCAGCUUCACGGACUCUGAUUUCAGCGCCAUCGACGUGAUCGCGCCCACCACCCCGUCGGACGAACCCCCGGAUUUCAUAGCCCCCGACCCCUCGGCCCGCUACUCCGCGGCCGAGCCGGCGUACGCCGAGCCGGCGCCCGAUAGCCCGCAGCACGCCAGCCUGUCCGCCAUCGAGGAGAAGUUACACCAGACGCGCUCCGCCGAGCCGCAGGAAGCAGCCGCGGAGAAGAAGGGCCCUCAGUUCAUCGUGCUAGCGCAUCAUCACCAGGCCGUCCAGUUCCGACGCACACAGAUCCGAGGCAGCGACAGCUCUGCGGAGGAGGAGGAGGAGGAGGAGGAGGAGGGCGUGGAGUGGGGUCCAGCUACGGAGCUCUAGAGUUUAAAGACACUCUUUCAGAAACUCUUUUGGAUCAUUUUUGUAACUUUUUCAUCAGUUGUGGGAGAUGCCCCCCCCCCCUUUUUUUAACAUUGGUUCCUCCCAUGAAUGUACAGGUCAAAGUGCCUCUUAUAUAUAUUUUUUAUUUAAAUAACAAUAAAAAGCAAAUGAGUUGUUACAUAGAAAUCUUCCAAACAUUUAUGGAAUGUUUGGAUGCAUCUUUAACUUUUUCUACAUUAAACUGUUUUACUGAUUUUUAAUGUUGGCGUGUCGAAAACAACUAAGUGCUUUUUGUUUUCAUGUGUUUGGUAGAAUUAUCAUUAUUCAACACAACCCUGAUAAUCACUGAUGUUCAUGUGAGAAUAACUUUCCUUGAAGCGAGUUUUCCUGAUUAUUAAACUCUCCUCGAAGGCCGGAUCCAGACGUCAGGCCUCCAGGGGCCACAGAGGCUCA